AUGGCCGCCUCUGUCAACAACAUUGCAGCUACAUUCGCCACUCUCCCAGUUACCUCAUCUUCAUCAUCCUCAUCUUCUUCCUCAAAUCCCCACCAAACCAAAUUCUCAAUCUCAACCUCUCACAAAUCCAUCUCCGCCUCUCGUAACCUUCGCAUACCCACCAAUCUCAGGGCCCAAUCCUCCUCCCUUCUCAGCCUCUACGGCCCACCCGGACCACCACCGGACCGGUCCAUCUCCGCCAGAACCAUCGCCAAACCAACCAAACUCUCUUUCUCAAUCGGCGAUAAGCUCCCGAACGCAUCUCUCUCAUACCUCAACCAAAAUGACGUCGUUAAAUCCGUCGCACUCUCCAGCCUGUGCAAAGGAAAGAGGGUCGUUUUGGUUGGCGUCACGGCGCCAUUCUCGCCGAGCUGUACUCGGUUCGUCAAACGAGUUAAAUCGGCGAGGGAGAAAACUGCGGAGGUGAUCGCGUGUGUCGCGGUGAGCGAUGUGUUCGUGAUGCGCGCCUGGGGAGAGAUCAUGGCCGUUGGUGAGAGGGUGAUGAUGCUGUGCGACGGUCUAGGAGAGCUGACAAGGGCACUUGGGGCCUCCGUUCAGGCAUGUUUGGGUUUAGGUGAACGAUCCAGGAGGUUUUGCUUGGCCGCUUUUAACGGCGUGAUUACAAACGUUGAGUUUGACGAAGAAGAAGAAGAAGAAGGCUCCCUCAUCUCUACCAGAUGA